AUGGCGCAAGUUCCUCGUAAUUUUCGUUUGUUAGAAGAAUUAGAAAAGGGAGAGAAAGGCAUUGGAGACGGUGCUUGUAGCUAUGGAUUAGCAGACGAUGAUAUUUUGAUGCAUAACUGGCAUGCCACCAUUCUUGGUGCACCUCAUUCUGUUCACGAAAAUCGUAUUUACAGCUUAAAAGUAUAUUGUGGAGACAACUACCCAAGUGAACCUCCGUCAGUUCAAUUCGUUUCAAGAAUCAAUUUACCCAGUGUCAACCCUCAGACUGGAAAGGUUGAGCCCAAUCGUUUACCUUGUCUUGCCAAUUGGAGACCAAAUUAUACACUCGAGACCGUUUUGACAGAGCUAAGAAGAGAAAUGGCUACUGUCGGUAAAAAGUUAUCCCAACCUCCUGAAGGUACAACCUUUUGA